UGGAUGUCUAUGGUGCAAGAGUAGAGGAAAUUGCCAGCGGCUAAAAGUCACCAACCUGAGCUCACUGUAGCAGCACUACCACCAAGAAUGAAAUGGCUCUUGGGUCUUCAGCUUCCGCUCUGUCUGCUCCUGUCACAUCUUGCCGACGGUUAACACGGUUGGAGGAAGCUGAAGAAUCGCUGCAGGACGUACGUUUUUUUUCCAGCAUGGGGAAAAGCAAAAUCGCCUGCGGGGGGCCGAUCGUCUCGUUUUUGGAAAUCCCGGACAUCCCAUCGGGACUGCAUGUUAUAUAGUUGGCAUAGGGGUGGAAUAUAUUCGGGUAGGGGGAAG